AUGGCCCCCAGCAUCAAAACCGACCCCCUUGAGGGCGACACUUCCUUUCCCCGAAGAGCACACACACCCAUACCCGAUCUCUCAGGCGAAAGCGAGAGCAUAUCUUUAUCGAAACCGGCCAGAUUUGGGCGUCGAGAAUCGAGACUCGGCAUUCGAACCAUCUUCGGACGCUCUAGCAAACUACACAAGGGCGAGGAAAGCCUGCGUUCACCCAGCUCUCUCAGCUCACUCAAAUCAGCAAAGGCAUCUCCUCGAUUUGGAGGCUUUCGAGCGUCACUUGCAGAGAUGAACUACUGGCCUUAUGGAAACCAAGCCAAAUCUGAGCUCGCUCUUCCCAUGGCCAACUACCCGUGGGACUCUCUUCACGAGAGGCCUGGCGACGGCCAAGAUUCACAAUCUCGCAGUCCUGCUGCUGCUUCGUCCUCGGGGAAACGCACACCUGGCAUGAGCAUUGCUAAGCAACCCCGUCCGACUCUCGACACCUGGACACUGCCAUCCCUGUUCCGUGCAUACCAGCAGGCACUCAAGCAACAGUCUCUUGCCGCCGUCUCUCUGCCAAUUGAGGCUCUGGUGAAGUUGAGCGAGAAGACUAGCGUUGCCGACAUGAUUGCACCUCUUUCCCAAACAGACAUGAAUGGAAGUGGCGGCGGUGGCGCCGCAAGCACUAGUGCUGGUGACAAAUUCAGGAGAAGAAACCGCGGAGAUUCUCUGUCCACCUCGAACCUCCCGUGGACGACCAAGAUUUACAUUCUUGUCACGGCUGGCUAUCUGCUUCAGUAUUCCGGCGAUGGCGCCAUUGAUCGGAUGCCCGAAAAGGUGCUGCGGCUGGGCAAGUUGUCGGCAGCCUUUGCCACUGACAUGAUUCCGGGUCGCCAUUGGGUGCUGCAGGUUUCGGCGACCGCAGAGGACGAUAGAGUAUCUACAAUCACAACUGAGUCUCGGUCCCUUCUUUCCAAGCUGUCAUUUCGUUCAACUUCAGAAAAGCGCUACACCUCCAAUAUACUCAUGGUCUUUGAAAGCGCCGAGGAUAUGGAUGACUGGAUGACCAGCUUACGCGCAAUGAUCGAGCAGCUUGGUGGCAGAAAGAGCCUCUCUGAGGUUGGAUUGCCCAAGGAGCUUGAUAUCAGGGAAUCUGAUGGCAAGAAGGACAGCUUCGACGGCAUGUAUCUUCGCGAGAAGAAGAGCCAGGGAAACCUUAUCGACAGAGAAGCCGUUCGAACGACGCAAGUCAUUCCUGCACACCCCUCGCCUGUUUUGCAACAAGACCACGGGCGCAGGAUUUGUGAUUAUUCCAUUCCCAUGAUCGACUUCGACUCCGUAACCCAUGACAUGACGAGUGACGAUAAGUCGACAACAAACAGCGUCGUCUCCCAUGACGGUCGUCAAUUAGACAACCUUCGACUAUCGCUCCUCUCGACUGGCCAACGAACCAAUUUGACGUCUACCACGUCUUCGCCAGCCGACUCUCCAAUCCGCGAGAGAUUUCCUCUGCCAGGAGACAUCACCACUAUUCCGGAGACUGCGCAGCCAAGGCCCAACGGGAGUGUCAUUAUGAAUCGGCGAGUGUCAGCGCAGGCUAUGGGAACCUUUGUUGGAGAGGUUGGUGACGGCAUGUCCGAACACGGCCCAAUGCCCUCUCCGCCCUGGGUUAACACUGAGCCACCAUCUCCUUCCGAUCCCCGUGGCACUCACAGCUUUGGCGCCGCCUCGAUGCAACAGCUGGGUCGUCGAUUCUCCCAUGUCAAACUCUCUUCUGCUCAGGACCCAGCGGGGCAUCCUCCGUCCCCAACCACUGUAGGGCCUCGGGUCUCGCUACGCAAGCUGUCAAACAUUCGCACAGGCCGCCCCCUGUCUACAGUUGAGGAUCAGCCAUCCCCAAAAGAGAGCGUCAUGCCGGAGAGGCCUGUGACGAGCCAUCACGCUGAUACUCGAUCGCAAGUAUCAUCCGCAGAUGUGCCUAGUGUCCCCAAGCUACCUCGAGGCCGACCAAAUGUUCCUGAGAUGCUGGGACGGCGUCUGAGCUUGGUGCCCAAGGAAUCUCGAAGUCAUUCGGGCCCUGGCCUUUUCAUUUCUCCUGGGCUUCAAGCUGACGGCGCACAACAACCCCAUUCUGAACGGCUCACCAGCUUAGAAGCAAUGCGAAAAUAUCAGGACACCAAGGUGUCAUCAUCUACGUUUGAAGAAACUAGUCCGAUAUCUGAGCGAUUGUACUAUACAUUACCGUCUCAUCUCACAGCUGCGUGGGGUGAUAGGGUUAAGAGGAAUCGAGCCUCAGUUGAUACUGACGGCGAAUCAACACGGAGCUUUUCUCUGGGCUUCUCAUGGGCUUCUAGGCCUAAGCGAGCCAGCAUUGCGUCUGCCUUUUCCGAAUGGUCGGCCCCCGGCGAUAUGCGCCCAAUCGACACCAUUGUAGAGACACCUCCUCUUUCGCCCCCUCCAACGGGGCCCCUUCCCCCAAUUCCUUCGAGACCCUCGUCUUCUUGCAGCAAUCAUGCCCAGCUUAUGGGCCGCAAGAAGAGUAUUCCACGGAUGGUUAUGCCUCCUCCGGCACCACCACCCACGUGUGCCCUGCCGCCAAUCCCACAGAAGCAAAUGGCCCAGUUGAGCGCUGGGAUGGGAGAAAAAUGGCGUGAUUGCGCCGAGCCUACUUGA